AUGUCUAUUGAGGAAAUUACUGAUGACGUGAAAGACCUCAAGGUCGACAACAUUCCUGGGGGUGAAGAAGGCGAGGUUGACGUUUCGGACCGUGUUCAGUCGCGCGCGGAGCGCAAGAGCCGCAAGUCGUUGCAGAACAUUGGCCUCAAGCAUCUCCCUGACAUUAAGCGUGUGACGCUCCGUCGUGCCCGUGGCCACCUCUACGUUGUUGCGGACCCCGAUGUGUACAAGUCGCCCGCUUCUGACUGCUACAUUGUCUUUGGUGACGUGAAGAACGAGGACAUGAGCGCGUUUGCGCAGGCUCAAGCCGCCCAGCAGAUGCUCGCUGCGGACGGUCAGCAGGGUGCCGGCGCGGACGGCGGCGCUGAGCCUAUAUUCAAGCCGAGCGAUCUCACUGGUGGCAAGAGGGUUGACGAAGAGGAGGAGGACGACGGUUCGCCUAUCGACGAGACUGGCGUGGACUCGAAAGACGUCGACCUUGUUAUGGAGCAGGUUUCUGUCUCUCGUCGCAAGGCUGUCAAGGCACUGAAGGAGAAUGAUGGCGACUUGAUCAAUGCCAUCAUGAGCGUGAGCUAA